UCCUGUUUUAUUAAUUUUUUUUCCAGGCGAAAAUGGCUGCCUCUCUCAUCUAAACCUCUGCCUAAAGGAUUAAAUGAACAGAAAAUAGGCAACAGAAAAAACAGUGACGCUGCAAGACAAUACUCAUGGAUGCCAGGGCGUAGUUUGUGCAGCGUCUUCACGAAGAUGUGGCUGUCAGAGAAAGAAAAUGUAUGCGAUUCGAAAUUAACCCUUUCCAGCCCAACGUCCACCAACAAAUGAGAAAAUGAUGCAUCAAGUGACCAGUAGCAGCAAUGACUAUUGUAUGAGUGGACUGGCAGAGGACUGUCAUCCAGCCAGCCACUUUGAUUUAUGUAGCACCCAGUCCAACAAAUUCUACCCCUCUCCAACCAACCCUGGUUUGCAGCUGUCUCUUGCUGGCCUAGCCCCUCUGCCACAGGGCAUGCACAAAGCCAUGGCAUGCCAAAUGCAAGACACCCAGAACGACUUCCAGACUCAGACAGUAAGAAUCAGGGGCAAUGAAGCUGCAGGGCCCGAUAGCUCGAAGAAGAAGAAGGGCAUUGUGAAGUCAGGGCGGAGAGGGAGACCAUCAGGGACCACAAAGUCUGCUGGUUACCGAACAAGUACUGGACGUCCACUUGGAACAACUAAAGCAGCUGGGUUCAAAACCAGCCCGGGGAGGCCCCUUGGUACCACCAAAGCAGCAGGAUAUAAGGUUAGCCCCGGCAGGCCCCCUGGCAGCAUCAAGAGUCUAGCCCGGCUCAAGAAGCUGGAGUUUGGUUGUGACAGCGGCAAGAAACUUGACUUUAGCAACUGCAGUGUUCCCAAGAAACUGGACUUCAAUGCCUGUGAUGUUCCACCUUUUCCAUACACCAUGAUGGAGAAAAGAGACCUCUGUGAGCCCAGUAGCAAAGUGGAUGAAACCAGAGAAUAGUUCUGCAGCUAGCUUGAAAAAUAUUUGAGUGCAUCCAGUAAGAGGACACUGAGGAAAACAUUGCUCUCAAAUGUUUUCAAAAAUAACUGUGUCAUUUGAAAUGGCUCUGACUGAGUUUUCACUGUACAGUGGUUGACAUUAUCUUCAUCCUCUCAUAAUAAAUGACUGAAUCAGAAGUAUGUUACUCCAGUUUGGAAGAGAUGCAUGCAUAUGAAUUAAUCACACCAAUCAGUAUAGGCAAAAAAUGUAUGUAUCAGUUUGUGGUUCGAACCUCACUGGAGAGUGGAUCUUUUUUCCCCUCAAGCGUUGUGUUCCUCUGAGUUGUAACACGUUUUCUUACUCUGCUUUAACAUUUCUAUGGCCAGCUUCUUGUGAUAUUUUCUACAUUUAUAAAAAUUGCAUUUUAGUUGAAACAGCCUAUAAAAUCAGCUUUUUCCUUACCAUAAAUAUGUGGAUGUGUAAUUGUCCUUUCUGUGUUGUCCAGUUCAAUAUGUAUUUUAUUUUGUGAUAUUAUCCUGCAUCAUACCUAACAAGGGGACACUGCAAUACAUUUUAAUUAGCUUGAACUGGUAAAACUCAAUGCAUUAUAAACAUUUGAACACAGUAUUUGUUAUUUCUUCACUUUGUGAAUCUAGUUUUGAUUAUGUAUUGUAUUGCCUGUUUUUGUCCCUAAACUCACUUGAUAAGCACUUCCAGAUUUACAUGUAUGGUGUUAUGCUGUUCAUUAGGAAAAAAGAUUACUUCAUAAAACAGAAAAGUGCUGUGUGGAAUAUGUAAUAAAUGCUAAUGUGAUGUAUGUGAAACCAAAAUAAAAGAACG